AUGGAUGACGUUGAACAUCAUGAUAAUGAUGAUGAUGAUGAUGAUGAUGGAUGGAAAAUACUUAAACCAGAUGUUAUAUUAUUUGAAACAUCGAUUUGGGGUUUUGAUAAACCUAUACCUCAUCCAAUUUUGGAUGAUCCAUCAAAAAUGAUGCGAAUUAUUGCUAAUCCAGUUUAUGAUAAAUUAACUAUAUCACGUGCAGCUAGUAUACAUAAACAUAGUUCUACGAAAUCUAAUCGACAAUCAAGACAAAUAAAUAGACUAAAAGAAAAAACUAUGAAUCUACCAUCUAAAUCUGUAGAUACUGAACAAACUAUAAUAACACCUCUACCAGAUAUAUCACAAAUAAAUAAUAGUCAAGUACAAUCAAAUCAAUUAUCCAAUCGUCAAAAUCUACCACCAUUUAGUCUUCCAACAGCAUUAUCAUCAUCAUCAACAUCAAAUCAAAAAUCAUCAAGAAAGUCUUCAUCAACUUCUCGUUCUCGUAUUAUUACUGCUCGUUCGACAACACAAACUAUUCAAGCAGCAUUAGCUGAUAAUGAUUCAAAUAUUAAAAAACCUGUAGCAGAUGGUAUAAUUCGUUAUGUAAACAGUCGUCAUGGUUUUGAAGUUCAACGUUAUUCAUCAGCAAAUUGGUUAUCAACUGAUGUAUAUACGAAAGAUGCUUGUCAAGCACAUGAAAAAACUUUUCGUGAAAUGCUUGAUAAAAAACGGCAUAUUGAACGUCUAUCACGUAGUAUUUAUUCAUCUGACUAUUACAGUAAGCGAUGGCAUGAAUUAUUACAAUCAUAUAAACAAGGUUAUUUAACACAUACACAAUGGGCUCAACAAAAUUAUCAAUUAUUCUGUUUAAGAACUUUAUAUACUCGAGCAAAAAAACGUGAACAAAAUGAUAUAAAUUUAUAUAAUCAAGAUUUACGUCGUGCUCGUGCUACAAGUGCAUUUGAUGAAUGGAAAGAAAUAAAAAGUGAAGAAAAUUCUACACAUCCUAGCCGUUUAACAACAGCUCGUAGUCAUAAAACAAUAGAAGGAACAUCUGGUAUAGCAAAUAAUUCAUUUUCUACUGCUAUAUCCAAGACAACUGAUGAAAAUCAUACAACAUUAAUGGAUACAAAUCAUCGUAUGUCAAUAUCAACUAGUGGUGAUAGUGAACUUCAACGAAUACCGAUAUAUCAACCGAUAAUAUCAUCUAAAAAUAUAUCAUCUAUUUCAUCAUCAACAGCACCAAAUAUAUUAGAUAAACAACGAUGGUCUUUACAAGCAAUGGUUAAACGUGUCGUUGGACUUAAUGAACCAUUACGACAACCACAACCACCAAAAAUUACUGAUCGUAAACAAUCACCAGUAACAAUUACAAGUACUGAUAGUGGUUUUGAAUCAGCUAUUUAA